CACACUAGAGCAGCAAAAAUGGCCGCAUGGAGAGCAGCUGGAUUGAACUACAUCAACUAUUCCAACAUUGCCGCGCGCUUGCUGCGAAAGGCACUGAAACCGGAGCUGAGGGCUCAGGCCGCUCGGCGUGAUGAUUCGCACAUCAAGUUCACCAAAUGGCAGGGCGGCAAACCAGAGAGUAAGUAUGGUCUUGGGUUAAAUCAUUUUUCUCUUUGUUGAGCAGUCAGGUUAUCACUGAAUAAACGGGAGUAAUGGUCGGCAUGUUGGACGUGAAAAGAUCACCUUUAUUGCUGCUAGUGAACGAAAUAAAUCAUGUGAAUACAUCAGGUUGCUAAUCAAAA